AUGCGAGAAGGAGAGACACUGAAGGCCUAUUCAGACAGGUACUGGGAAAUGUACAAUGAGAUAGAGGGAAACUGCGACGACAUUGCCAUUAGCACAUUCAAAAAAGGCUUGCCGACAGAGCACGGUUUAAGAAAAUCCCUGACUGGGAAGCCGGUCACUAGUGUGCGCCAGCUCAUGGAUAGAAUUGACAAGUACAAAAGGGUCGAGGAGGACCAGCAGACGGGGAAGGGCAAAGCGAAGGUUGUCCCUCAAGAGAGGAGGGACUUCAGGUCAGACCGCUUUAACAGCAGUAACAGGCCGAGAAGAGACUACGCGGAACAGUCUGGAUCCACUGGGGCACAGGCAAUCCAUGCUGUGUUCCGAGAACCAUUACACAAGAUCCUAGAGAAGGAACAAUCAAACAUCGAAACCAGGCAAAGCGCAUUGAGGCCGCCUAUUGGUACAAUAAAUGUCAUUCUCGCCGCACCUGGAAGGACCGGAUCCAAUCCUCUCAGACUGAUGUCAGUGGGCAGGCUCCCGCCUGAAGCCGAUGACAGGGAAUCUAAAAGGGCCCGAGCGAGUCCCACGCCCUUAAUCGGAUUCUCGAAUGAGGACAAACUGGGAACCCUUCAACCCCACGACAACGCCCUAGUCGUCACGCUCAGAAUUGGGGGUUAUGACGUGAAGAGGGUGCUAGUUGACCAAGGCAGCACCAUAGACUAUAUCCUUUAG